AUGCUAGCUGACACUUCCUACGAUAUAUACGAUGUUUCCAAGACAUUCUCUUCAGCCACAAGCUACUUUCAAGAUGUUGCCGAACAAGACAUGCAGCGCCUGUUGGGCCAGCCUAAUUCGGUUGAUAAUAGGGAAGAUGCUCGUCGCAAAUAUCUCCACAAUAAGAUAUUUACGGUCAUUAUACCCCGUUUCGUUGACAGCAAGUAUGACGAUGGUCCGUUCAAGUUAAUCUGCGACGAUUUCCGGUUUGGAAACAUACUUGUCAACAGCGCACAGGAUUUGAAUAUCGUCGCGGUCCUGGACUGGGAAUGGGCGUAUGCAGCACCAUUCCGGAUGCUUUACUCACCCCCAGGGUGGCUACUUCUGAAGAAACCGUUUGAUUGGGAUGGGGAUGUUUCCAAAUACAAUUCACUUCUCAGGAUGUUCGUUAAUGUGCUAGAGGAGGAGCAGCAAAAAAGAGCAGGGUACCAUUCAAUGCCCAGUCUGGCGGCCCUCAUGCACGAAUCCAUGGAGAGCGAUAGAUUCGGGUUUCAUGAGAUACUGUACGCUUGCUUUGAAUCGCCCGACAGCCGGGCUUGGGUCGCUAUUCGACAGCUGCUACCUUCUAUCGAUGAGCUCGUGACAGUUCCCGGCGCUGAAAUUGAAUUCUUUGUGAAUAGAAAAUGGAGGAGCUAA